AUGGGCUCGGUUCUGCCCGGGUCCAGCCUGGCGCUCAAAGCCGGGUUCAAGCCUCAGCCCGCGGUGCCGCUGUCCCUCGCUGACAUCAUCACGUCGGACGUCCUGCACAGCUUCCUGUACGGCCGCUGGAGGCACGUGCUGGGCGAACACCCGCAGCACGAGGACCGCACGGCCCCGAGCGCGAGCCCCAAGACCGCGUUCACGGCGGAGGUCCUCGCGCAGUCCUUCUCCGGAGAGGUGCAGAAACUGUCGAGUCUGGUCCUGCCCAGUGAAGUGAUCAUCGCCCAGAGCUCCGUGCCAGGAGAGGGUCUGGGGAUCUUCUCGAAGACGUGGAUCAAGGCCGGGACAGAGAUGGGACCUUUCACCGGACGCCUGGUGUCGCCCGAACACAUCGACCUGUUCAAGAACAACAACCUCAUGUGGGAGGUGUUUAACGAGGACGGGACGGUGCGUUACUUCAUCGAUGCGAGUCAGGAGGACCAGAGGAGCUGGAUGACCUACAUCAAGUGUGCGAGAAACGAACAGGAGCAGAACCUGGAGGUGGUCCAGGUCGGGUCCAGCAUCUUCUACAAAGCUGUGGAGACCAUCCCUCCGGACCAGGAGCUUCUCGUCUGGUACGGAAACUCACACAACACUUUCCUCGGGAUCCCAGGCAUCCCCGGAGGAGACGAGGACCACAGCAAGAAGAGCAAGAGCGAUGAGUUCCACAUUGACUCGGUGGCGGCGGCGGGCCCUGGCUCCGCCCCCUUGGCCGGCGUGCCCUUGAGCGUGGGCAGGAUGCGCUGCGUGAUCUGUCACCGGGGAUUUAACUCGCGCUCGAACCUUCGCUCGCACAUGAGGAUCCACACGCUCGACAAACCCUUCGUCUGCCGCUUCUGCAACCGCCGCUUCAGUCAGUCGUCCACGCUCCGCAACCACGUCCGCCUGCACACGGGAGAGCGUCCCUACAAGUGUGUGGUCUGCCAGUCCGCCUACUCCCAGCUCGCAGGGCUCCGUGCGCACCAGAAGAGCGCCCGUCACCGUCCGACCUCGGAGGGGGGGCAGGGCCACCCCCCCUCCCCCCCCCCCCACCCCGCCGUCCUGGGACACCACAUCCCCACCAUGGUCCUGUGA